AUGUCCAGUACUGUUGGUAUUUCCUUGUCCUUAUCACGCAUAACUGGGAGAAGAUCUUUGCAAGCGUUUAAUUUGAACAGGCAUAGACUGUCUUCAGCUACAAUGAGUACAAGCAUGACAACCAAAAGCCAUGACUUACAGGAUAAGCUUCAGUUCUUACACAACUUCUCGGCUUGUGAUGUUUCGGAUGCCCUGCUCAAGCUGCAGAAGUUGCCAUCUGGGCAGGUAGCCAGAGCCGGUCAUCUGGCUGAUAUUGCACCAUUUGCUUCGUUCUCGUUUACUAGAUCUGAACAUGCAAAUACGCAGAAGGUCAUUGCACCAGCAUCCACACUGAAAUUGGUCCCUAAAGCAGCUGUUCCAGAGGAAAAGCCAGCGACUGAAAACACGGUCCCCAAGGGAAGUCACUGGGUUGACAUGACGGAAGCUGGAACCAUCGUCGUCAUUGAACAACCACCAGGACAAAAGUGUGCUGCUGUUGGUGGCAUCAUGGCACAAAGAAUGAAAGUCCGACAAGUGGCCGGAUGUGUGGUGGGUGGUCGUGUACGGGACUUUGCAGAACUGACAGACUCUGGCCUUGCAAUUUAUGCCCAGGGCCGAUCAACUGUUGGCACCAAUGCUGAGUCAGUAGUUUACGCACGGAAUGUUCCCGUGAGCAUAACCGGAGUAUCAGUUGUACCAGGUGAUAUCGUCUUUUUGGAUCCUGAUGAAGGUGCUGUUGUUAUUCCUCAACAGCUGCUGGAUGAAACCAUCUCGCUGAUGCCCACGUUGGUGGCGGCGGACGACAAGGUGAAAGAAGCGGUGGUUCAAGGCUUGACAGUCGCCGAGGCCUUCAAGAAGUUCCGUGGGUAA